AUGGCAGGCCGGGCACCUCCUCCACCUCCUCCUCUUCCCUACCUCCAGCAGUUUCCGGCGCUCCCCUACCCGUCCUGGGCCCGAGCCGCCGCGGGUGGCCAGCCUCGCCCUCCCCUGCAGCAGCCAGCGGGCGCGGACGUCGCGGCGCGCGGGGAGGCCGCGAUGCACGCGGACGCGCAGCCAGCGGACGCGGCCCGCCCUUCCCUCCUCCUGGCGGCCGUCGCGGGCGCCGAACCAGACGCCGCCGCCGCCGCCGCGGGUGGCCAACCCCGCCCUCCCCUGCAGCAGCCAGCGGGCGCGGACGCCGCGGCGCGCGGGGAGGCCGCGAUGCACGCGGACGCGGCUGCGCGCGCGGCAGCAGCGCGCGGGGCGCACCAGGACAGCGCCCCUGCGGACGGAACGCGUGUAGACGCCGCCGAGGACGCCGCGGCCGCCUCUGAGCUCCAGCUGGGCACCAACGACGACGUCGCCGCAGCAGCCUACGCCCGGGGAGCGGCUGCCGCCAUUGCUGCAGGCCUUGGCAUGCCCCUGGACAUGACCGAUCUGCCCAGGACGCUGCUCACAGCCGGGGGCGCCCUGUCCAGGGGGCUUGCUGCCGGCCCGCGUGCAGCUGUGGGCGCAGCCCCUUCCCUGCACCGCCUCCGCCGCCUGUGA